AUGCCUGUGACGACAAACUACAUACAGAGACUAGCGCGAAAGAUUUCGUUGAAAAGCCAGUUCAAACUAAGAGUUCUGCAUGUCUCACGCAUACCAAGUUCAUCUAAAGAAACUGUUGAAGGUACCCCUGUCAACCACCUAUAUUUAGAGACGAGUUCAAAAGGUUCCGCAGAUAUUACAGCUCAGAUUUACUUUUCUGAGUAUAUGUCACCAACUCAAAGCACAGCCAAAAAAGAUGUUGUAGAUAGAAGCCCAUACUCUGUACAUUCCUACACUAGUGAAGAAGUUUCAUCAGGAAGUGAAUAUGAAGCUGAAAGUAAACAUGAAACCAGUGAUAGCUCCGAUGAUGAACCAUUGUCCAAGAAAGCAAAAAAGAAUCGCCAUACUACCCAUAGUCCCACUCCUAAACAAAAAGUUCUUUCGGUUCAUGUCACAGCAGAUAGUAAUACAGAUUCGGUUCAGUCAGAAAAAAUAAAAUCAGCGAUAAAACCAAUAUUUUCACCCAAGGAAAGUAAAUCAAGGGUUCGAACAAGAAAUCCCGAUACCUGGAAAAAAAGGAAAGCUGCUCUGGCUAGGGAACAUGGUCAGGAAUACAUAUCUUAUAAAGGAAAGCAAAUGCCAAAGAAAGAAAUUGAAUUGGGACUAUUGUUUUCGGAAAAGUGUAGACUAAAAUGUUCAGAUCAGUUUAAUCAGGAAGAUCGAGAAAUGAUUUUAAAAAGAUAUUAUUCUAUGAAUAAAGAGGCUCAAACUGCCUUAAUAUUCAACAGCAUUGACGUUAAAAGACAUAAGAAAGCUGCACGUCGCCACUCAAACAGACCCACAAAGAUAAAAGAAGAGGUAGUUAAUUUUAUAACUGACCACAUAAGUCAGUUUCCGGCAGAAGAGUCGCACUACUCUCGCAAUAAAAAUAUCUUUAAAAAAUACCUGUCGCCCAUUCUUAGUGUACCUCAGAUGCAUAAGAUGUAUCUUGAGAAAUGUGAAGAUAAAGAAAUGGAUGAGUCCUAUAAAGUUAAGCUUUCUUUCUACGAACACAUUUUUAAAACAAAAUUUAAUUUAUCGUUUGGUCAUCCAAAAAGCGAUACAUGUAGUGUUUGCGAUUCAAAUAAAGGUACUGAAACCCAUACCGAAAAUUACCAUGCUGCCUUUGAUGCACAAAAUCGAGAUAAACUGAAGCCUCAAAAUGAAAGAAACACUGUAUUUAUAACUAUGGAUUUACAGCAAACCAUGCCCCUUCCUAAGCUAACUACAAACAAAGCUUUCUAUUUGCGCCAAUUGGCGCCAAUGCCAAAGUUAUAA